AUGCAGCUCCCAGGCUGCCUAUUGCUGCUGUUGCUGGCUGCAGCAGGAGCAGCAGCUCACAGUGCAGCAGCAACGCCUGCCGCAGCAGCAGCAGCAGCAGUAGCAGCAACCCGCGCCAGCCUUUACACAGCGCAUAGGGCCCUUUCGUUCCUCCUGGCACCACCCGCGGCCCGUGGGGCCCCCAGGGGGCCCCCCUGCUGCGCUGCAGCAGGGGCCCCUAGGGGGCCCCCUGGGGGGCCCCCCAGGGGGCCCCCGCAGGGGCCCCUGCAGGGGCCCCCAGGGGGGCCCCUCAGAAAGCCCCCGCAGAGCCCAGUGUGGCUGAGUGGCUGCAGCAGCAGCUCGAGGGGGCCCUCAAGGGUCAAGACCUUUCCAUUUUGCUGCCUCGGGGGUCAGCUGAGGCUGAGGCCCUCUCAGAAACCCUCAGGGGGGCCCCCCUGGAGGGCCCCUGGGGGCCCCCAAGGGGUGGUCCCCCUCAGGGGGCCCCCCCCUUGGGGGCCCCCGGGGGCUCCCUCCCAGCCUUUAAGGGGGGCCCCCCGGGGGACCCCUACUGCCCCGCUGAGGGCCCGAGGAGCAGCAGCAGCUGCUCGGGGGCCCCUGUGGCUGCAGCAGCAGCAGACUGGGGGCCCAGGGGCCCCCAAAGAAGCUGCAAAUGAGGGGCCCCCCAAGACAGAGGGGGGGCCCCUGUGGGUCUCGCGGCUGCCAGCCGACAGCCCUGCAGCAGCUGCGCUGCUGCAGCAGCUGCUGCUAUCUCAGCAGCAGCAGCAGAAGCACCCCGCGAGGCCUCCAGUGCUGUUCCUCACCCCUAGGGGUACCAAACAGAAAGCAGCAACAGCAGCAGCAGCAACAGCAGCAGCAGCAGCAGCAACAAGCGCAGCAGCAAAGGCAGGUGCAAGAGAACCCGAAGCCGCAGGAUCCGCUGCAGAGGCAGCAGCCGCAACCGAAACACAAGCAGCAGCAGCAGCAGCAGUGAGGGGGCCCUUUGGAUUGGAUUGGCACUGCAGCAAAAUAGAGGAUUUGGGGGCCCCUGUUGUUUGGGGGCCCCUGCUGGCCCCUCCCUCAUUUGCUGCUUGGGCAAAGCUGCAGCCGCAGAAGCUGCAUCUUCUUGUGGCUAGCUUGGCUGCUGCUACUCCUGCUGCUGCUGCUCCUGCUGCUCCUGCUGCUGCUGCUGCACCCAGCGAGGCCUCCUCGGGGGCCCCGCCAGGCGGCUGGGCGGCGGCGAACGGCGAGGCGUCGUCUGCAGCAGCAGCAAAAUCAGCAGCAGCAGCAGCUGCAGCAGCAGCAGCAAGUGCGGACGCUGGGACUCAAGCAGCAGCAGCAGGCGCUGCUGCUGCUGCUGCUGCUGCUGCUGGGCGGUGCGCGCUGGGCAGGCCGCUGGGCAGCGACUUCGUUUUGCUGUCGCCUUUUGUGUCUCUUCCAGCAGCAGCAGCAGCAGCAGCACUAACCCACAGGGGGGCCCCCCUUGCUGCUGCUAGGGGGGCCCCCCUAGCAGCAGGGCCCCGCAAGUCUCUUGAGAAAGCUUUGGGAAUGAAACUUUCGAAACACAUGCUCCUCAAAACCCUCGCGGAAGUCAGCAACACGGCGCUUGCUGCUGCUGCUGCUGUUGAGCUGGGCUUGGCCCUCUGCGCCGGGGGGGGCCUUCACCACGCCGGGCGCGAAAGGGCUGGGGGUUUUUGUCUCCUCAAUGAUGUUGCUGCUGCUGCUGAGCUGGCGCUGCAGCAGCACAGAGUCAGAUCCUCUGUAGAUAUUUCUCUCCCGGAAGGCUGUGGGGACGAGGAGUACCUCCGGGCCUUCGAACCCGUCUCAGCGUUCGUCCUCCCAGCGCAGCAGCAGCAGCAGCAGCAGCGGCUCUGCAGCAAAUCAGCAAACCUGGUGCCAGCCUUUUACACACCCAUAUUGUCCACGGGAUGCUUCCGUGCCCGCAGCAGCAGCAGCAGCAGCAGCAGUAGCCCCCUAGGGUCCCUGCAGCCAGGGGCUCCUCAGUACUUUCCGCGGCGUUCAGCAGCAGCAAGAACUUCAGCAGCAGCAGCAGCAGCAGCAGCGGCACCCCCACUAUCUCCAUUGCCCGCAGCAGCAGCAGCAGCAGCAUCAGCAGCAACAGCAGCAGCAACAACACCCCAGCUAUCCCCAACAGCAGCAAACCCCCCGCCUUCCCCAGCAUCAGCAGCAUCAGCAGCAUCAGCAGCAGCCGCAGCAGCAGCAGCAGCAACAGCAGCAGGAGCAGCAGCGCUGCCUCCCCAUUUGAGGGUUUACUACCAGCGCAAUCUCCAUUUGACUGAGCCCUCAAACCCUUUAUUUCUUCUCUACCAAAAAGUCCUCCACUUCUUCCGUCAGGGACUUUCUCCCGUUGUGUCUGCUGCUGCCAACUUCGAGCUGCUGCAGAUCUCCAGGGCCCACCCCGCAGCUUCUCCUAAGGAAACUUUUUAUUUGAAAGCAGCAGCAGCAGCAGCAGCAGCACCCAGCAGCAGCAGCAGCAGCAGCAGCAGCGCGGGGGCCUUUUGCCUCCGCACCCACACCUCCGCCCACAUACCCCACUGCCUCACGUGGGCCUUCAGGCAUUUCAACUUCUCCCCACAGCAGCAGCAGCAGCAGCAGCAGCAGCAGCAGCAGCAGCAGCAAGGGGCCCCCGGGGGGCCCCCCUUUGGGGGAAACGUCUUUUUAGUGGUUAGCGGAGAAGUGUACAGAAAGGACUCGGUGGAUAAUUUUCAUUUUCCAGUUUUUCACCAAAUGGAAAUUAUGAAAGUUUUGCAAGAAGGAGUGGAGCCUGAAGAAGAUCUCAAAAGGGUCAAAAGGACCGUUCGAGGUCUGCUGCGUUUUCUUUUUCCUGGUCGGAAGUUUGUUUUGUCAAAAGACACUUUUCCAUUUACAAACCCUUCCAUACAAGCCGAG